CUCUGUAUCCCCCGCUUUAGUAAGACCCUUUCAUACAAACGGACACUUGACGAAUUUUCAUAAAUUACAACAUAGCACGUAAUGGCCGGACUUAUAAGCGAGCAGUUAACGUUCUUUAAGGAUAAUGGGUAUUUAGUUAUUCCUGGGGAGUUGUCGCCUGGGGUCGUUGAUGAGUUGAAGAAGGAGACCGGGAGCCUUCUCAACGGGUUCCCACUCGAAGGGCAUCCAAUGACUCGCUUCUCUGCUGGCGGGCAGAAUGAGGAAGACGAAAGGAAACAUGUUGGAGAUGAUUACUUUCUGGGCUCAAAUGACAAGAUACGAUUCUUUUUUGAAGAAGGCACGCUUAUCCUUCCCUCUUACCCCCCCCCCCUUUCGCUACUAAUACAGCCCUUCAUAGACGCCUUCGAUUCCACCGGCGCCCUAACGAAGCCUAAAUACCUCGCAAUCAACAAAAUUGGCCACGCUCUCCAUUCACUAUCCGCCCCCUUCCGCUCCAUGACUCUCUCCCAGCGCAACAAAGCCAUAGCUGAAGACCUGGGCUUCCACGACCCGCGCGUGCUACAAAGCAUGAUAAUCUGCAAGCAGCCGGAAAUCGGCGGGGCUGUACCGCCCCACCAGGACUCUGCGUUCCUAUAUACUGAUCCACCUAGUGCCGUUGGUUUCUGGUAUGCUCUUGAAGAUGCUAACGCUAAGAAUGGGUGUUUGAGUUUUGUCCCUGGGAGCCAUAAAUGGGCACCUAUUAAGAAGAGGUUUGUUCGGCGUGAUGCUGGUGGGACGGGGUUUGAGGAGUUGGGUGAAGGGCAGGGAGACGGCGUCAGGGAAAGGUUUGGUAGUGCCGCGGCGGAGGCUGGGGAGAAGAGGGAUGAGGAGUUUGUGAUGGGUGAGGUGAAGAGUGGGGAUCUGGUGCUUAUUGAUGGGAAUGUGUUGCAUAAGAGUGAGAGGAAUACUAGUGGGGUUUCGAGGUGGAUUUACACAUUCCAUAUUAUUGAGGGGGAAAGGAAGUAUGAUGAGACGAAUUGGUUGCAGCCCCCGGAGGAAGGGUUCUCGAGGUUGAAUGAGGUUUAA